UAAAAUUUCCCGUCCCUCCAAACAUGCCACGUGUACAUAACAGCUCAUUCAUCUUGUUCCUUUCCGGCAGCUCUGUGGCGUUCAAAUUCCCUCCCAAGCUAAUUAAUAUUUAAUAAAUAAAUUGUUGUAUACUCUUUUGGUCUUUAUUUAUUUUUCCUUCGCGUUUCCUUGGAAAAGCCUCACUCUUUCAGAAGAAAAUUAGGAGAAAAAUAUAAUUAUGUCAACAACGGCGACAUCAUCUCAGGCCCAGGCCCAAGCCCAGGUCCAGGCCCAAACUGACAAGACCGUCACCGGCUACCCGGUCGCCUACGCCUACGCGGCCCCACCGCCUCCGCCGCCACUCCAACAAACAUCUCAUCGUCACGUGGACCUCUCCUCCUACUAUCAUCGUGACCGUCAAGCUGGCUCCACACUUCUCCGCCGUCUGAUCGUGAUAAUCAUCGCGUUCCUCACCGUCAUGGCCUUGGUCUCCUUGAUCACGUGGCUCGUCUUCCGACCUCAACUCCCCGAGUUCCGAGUCGACUCGGGCUCUGUAUCCCGGUUCAACACCACCGAGUCAACAUCCUCCGUCUCGGCCACGUGGCAGUUCAUCCUGCAGGUUAAGAAUCCUAACGAGAAGCUCGUGAUCUCUUGCAACUCCCUCCGGGCGGUAGUGGCGUACGCCGGAUCGGAGCUUGCGACGACGCAGCUAGCUCCGUUCUCGCAGGAGAAGGGGAACGAGACGCAGCUCCAGUUCCAAUUGCGCGCCGUGGACGAGUAUGUCGGCCAGAGAGUGGUGAGUGGAAUCCAGAACGACCGGAAGACGCGUGGGCGCGUGGAUUUCGACGUUUGGGUCUUAGGGUUGGUCCAGUUUAAAACCGGGUGGUGGGAGAUGAGGUGGCGUUCGAUGAAAGUGUCGUGUGAGGGUGUGAAUAUUGGGCUUUCGAACAAUGUUGGGUUCGACGGAAACCUAACGGGUCGGGUCGAUCCAUGCCGGGUUGCUAUGUAAAGAACUAAAUUAGGUGAACUAUUAAUCAACUUUAUUUCAAUGAUUUGAUACCGAUUUGGAUUAAAAAAAUUUUAGGUUUGUAAUUAAAUUUUAUAAUAGUUUUAGUUUUAAUUCUCA